AUGGUUGUCAUAACAUCUAAGAAAAAGGUUAGUAUUUCUCACAUUCCAUAUGAACUCUCUUUAUGUAUACUCUCAAAAUUGCCUCUUAAACCCCUAAAACGAUUCGCAUGUGUCCAAAAAUCAUGGUCUCUUUUAUUUGAAAACUCUCAAUUCAUGAACAUGUUCCACACAAAUUUCUUCAUAUCCAAACCUAAUGAGGAUUACGAAAACACCUCUCUUCUCUUAAAUUUUGUAAGCGAAAAACAAGUCACCGAAGACUCUUUGUCGAAGCUUUCCGGUGAUAGGUUUGAAGAUAUGGUUAUAAUGGAUUGGCCACCUCCUUUUGAAGAGGAUCAUGCAAAUAUGCUGAUGUUAGGUUCUUCCAGUGUUAAUGGAAUUAUUUGUCUCUACCAAGAUUAUAGUGAUGGAACACCAAUUGUAUUAUGGAACCCUGCUACUAAGGAAACCAAGGUCCUUCCUCCUAGCUUUCAAUUAUAUAACGGGAAAAUUGAGUUUAACCCUCCUCCUAGUGCAUUUGGUUAUGAUUGUGUUACACAUGACUACAAAGUGCUUCGGAAUGUUUUGUUUUUACCUGAAGACUCUCCGUAUGCAUUUUCUAAAGGUCCGUGGUUGUUUUUGCCUGAGAAGGAUAGUCCUCUUUGGGAGCUUUUAAUGGAUGACGAUCACAAGUUUUGGUCGGAGGAAUAUAUUGACCCACACCCUUUCUGGGAGAUAUAUAGCCUAAAAAAUAAUAAUUGGAGAAAACUCAAUCACAUUGAUACGCCAUUGCCUUUUACGACAUGUCGUUCUCUGGUGAACUCAAAUGAAUUGUGCCAUUUUUUGGAGGGCGGGGAUAAAAUGUUUUCGUUUGACUUUAGCAAUGAAAAGUUCAUUCAAACAGUUUUACCCUCAGAUUCAAAUUUCAAGUAUCAUUCUGAGAACCAACACCUCCUGAUUUUAAAUGAGUCAGUUGCUUUCACUUGUUAUGAUUGCGAAAAUAAUUUUCAUAUAUGGAUUUUGGGCAAACUCAGUGUAAAAGAAUCAUGGACUAAAGUCUUAACUAUAGGACCCGGAAAUGACCUUAGUUAUUCUAUUAUUGGAGCAUGGAAGAGCCAUAUAUUACUCUCAGUUUAUCCUAAGAUAGCCCGGUAUAAUUUAAGUACCCGAAAUUUGGAGGAAUUUGACUUUUACAUAUGGAAAGUUAUAAUUUACAAGGAAGUUCUUAGUUCUAUGGAAAGAAUGAAAAAUUGA